AUGGUGGAAUACGAGUAUUUUACAACAGAGGAAGCCUGGAAAACUGGAAGGAGAAUUGUGGAACUUGACACAUUAUCUGAAGGUUUAAAGUCAUGUUUUGCCUGUGCCAGCCCUUUAUAUCUGGAAAACACAGUAAACAGUAAGAACUUUGGGCUUGCCAGUCUACUUGACAUCGCUUGUCAGAAGUGCGGCAAAGUCAAACGUGUGCACACUGGUCGUAAGCAUGGGAAAGUCUACGACAUGAACACAAAGCUUGCAAUUGCUAUGGCACAUUCUGGAGUUGGUGUUAGACAGAUAAACAGUAUUUUAUCUGCAUUAAACAUUCCACCUGUCAACCAUUCCUUGCUUGUUAGGAGACAGAAAAAUGAAAUUGAAGUCAGUGUGGAUGCUGGGUGGCAGAAAAGAGGGAGUGGGAAGGCAUAUGGUAGUUUUUCAGAACGAACAUCACAUAUUACUCAGAUAGCAGCUGUACAUGAUUCCAGUACAUUUUCUACAUAUGUAAUGCCACAAAGGAAAAUGUCACAAAAGGCAAAAGAAGUGACAGGUUUGUCCAUAGCUGGCCAGUCCAUGUUCUACAAAGGCAAACCAAUUGAUUACAUGUGUAUAAAUGAAGCUCUAGACAGGUUCUUUGAUUUCUUGCAGAAGUCUUCCAGUUUACCAGUAAUAUUAGUAGGACAUAACAUCAAAUCCUUUAACUGCAAAGUUCUCCUGCAUGCUGUGUACAACUGCAAUAAAUACCAUUACCUUCAGAAGUGUGUACAAGGUUUUAUGGACAGGUUAAAAAUUUUCAAAAAAACAUAUCCUGAUCUCUUACAAGCAGAGGGCAUCAGUGCAGAAUUUACUUGGGAAUUCAUAUACUGCUCACAAUGCACAAGAAGAUGUUAUUGCGUUGCCGACUUUGGUAAAUUCUGUGCAUUCAGAUGAAAAUGUUAAAACAGAACUGUCAUUUAGUUUAGAAAAAGCAGUUCAAUCAUAUGAAUAUGCCUGCAAUAUCUCCAGAAACAUCGCGUCUUUACAAUCAAUAAUUGAUAAGAAAGUAAUCAGCAAGGGUAUUGCAAGGUUGAUUGCUGGAAGUGGUCUCAAGUUUUGCCAUUUAUGUAUUGUAUAUAAACGUAACGGAACUGAUGGUUUGAGAAGGCUAUUGUCAGAGGUGUCUUAUGGU